CGUACUCUAACAUGUUUUCUAACUGGCCCAUCGGCAGUGCGUUCGGUCGUUCUCUGUCGAGGCGUUCAUGCUUCAGUGAGUUCAGCUACGUCAGUUGCAACUAAGAACACGUCCAAGGCCCGCCAUCAUCCGACUACAUAUUUGAGCGUGAGGCCAAGUAUGGUGCACAUAACUACCACCCGCACCUUCCCUGUUGCUCUUGAAAAAGGAAAGGGUGUUUAUGUGUGGGAUGUAGAAGGCAGAAAAUACUUCGAUUUCUUAAGUGCUUACAGUGCUGUCAAUCAAGGCCAUUGUCACCCAAAGAUUGUAGCUGCUCUGAAAGCCCAGUGUGACAAACUUACCCUUACCUCAAGAGCAUUUUACAAUGAUGUACUUGGCGAAUACGAAGAGUAUAUCACAAAAAUGUUCAAAUACAACAAAGUGCUUCCAAUGAACACAGGUGUGGAGGCUGGAGAAACAGCGUGUAAACUGGCUCGCAAGUGGGCAUAUACAGUGAAAGGAAUUCCCAAAUACAAGGCAAAGAUACUAUUCGCAGCCGGCAACUUCUGGGGAAGAACGAUGUCUGCUAUCUCAAGUUCUACAGAUCCUUCCAGUUAUGAUGGGUUUGGACCAUUUAUGCCAGGGUUUGAAAUAAUUCCAUACAAUGACUUGCCAGCUCUUGAGCGUGCACUUCAAGAUCCAAAUGUAGCAGCUUUCAUGGUGGAACCAAUUCAAGGGGAAGCUGGUGUCGUUGUUCCUGAUAAAGGUUACCUCACAGGUGUGCGAGAGCUUUGCACAAAGAAUAAUGUUCUCUUUAUCGCUGAUGAAAUUCAGACUGGGUUGGCAAGGACUGGGAAAAUGUUGGCUGUCGAUCAUGAAAAUGUUAGACCAGAUAUGAUCCUGCUCGGAAAGGCCCUGUCUGGAGGUCUUUAUCCCGUUUCAGCGGUACUAUGUGAUGAUGAAAUCAUGCUCUCCAUUAAACCUGGAGAACAUGGUUAGUAUGGAGGGAACCCAUUGGCUUGCCGGGUGGCCAUAGCAGCACUCGAGGUAAUUGAAGAAGAAAAGUUAGUUAAGAAUUCAGAAAUCAUGGGCAACUUAUUGAGGAAUGAGCUUAUGAAAACUCCGUCAGAUAUUGUGGCUUGUGUCAGAGGAAAAGGAUUAUUAAAUGCUAUUGUUAUUCGUGAAACGAAAGACUACGAUGCCUGGAAAGUGUGUCUGCGACUCCGUGACAAUGGACUGCUGGCAAAACCAACACAUGGUGAUAUCAUCCGAUUGGCUCCCCCGCUGGUGAUCAAGGAGGAUGAGAUUAGAGAAUGCAUUGAAAUUAUCCACAAAACCAUUUUAUCUUUCUAAAGGCACAGUGUUCAAUGUCUGCCUUCAACUUUGAUUCCAUAACGCUACUACAAAAGCAUUAUUCUUGAACCCUGCCCCCUUUCAAGUUCAAUAUUUUUCAUCCAAAUAUUCCCAUUGGUUUGAAAACCAAAAGCCUUCUAAAAUCAAGUAGUUUUAAUUUUUUUAAAAAAUAAUGGACCUGGGGGGGGGGGGAAGCAAAUGCCUAAAAUUGUUUUUGCUUUAUUGUGACUUUGGCUAUGUCUCCUUUUACAUGUCAGCAAAAAUAUAAAUUAUAUGAAACUGUUGUAGCAAAUGCUAACAUCUUAAGAAGCUAUUUAAAAAAUCCCAAACAUUUCAAACUUUUUCUUUUACCAUUUGCUCCUGUAUGGAGGACUGAAAUCUUGCUGUUGGUGCUAAUGAUUGUAUCCCGACAGGAAAUCCUAGCUUCAGAGGAUCAAGAACAGUAGAAUCUCUCACCUUUUUGAAAUCUGUAUUGGUUCAUAAAGGUAGCUCAAAUGGA